AUGGCGCAACCGGCGCAGAGUCCAGCCUUGGAUACUUCGAUCACCAAGAGCUCAACCAGAACAACGUCUGGGACAUCGACGGUGUGGGAAAAAACCAAAGGAUAUUCCAAUACCGCCUACGAGAAAGCCCUCAAACCAGGUUUCAACAAAGCCUAUGCGGUUGUUGACAAACUGGGAGCCCCUGUCAAUCGCUUGUCAAAUAAAGUCGGUUCCGAAGCAUUUUGGCCCACCACCUUAGACAAAGAAUCAGAAAAGGCGGCUCGGAUUCUGCGUGGGUUCUGCAAGGACGGCUUCUAUGAGCAGAUAGAAGAGAAGGAGGCCAAGAAAGUAGAAGAGCGGAAUGCAACAACGGUGGGUGUCCCGCAAGGCAAACAAAGGGUUAUGAAAAAGAUUCCGGCGAGUGUCAUAAAAAAUGCUGUCGGGUUGGCUAUAUUCACAACCAUGCGAACCGGGUGGCUCUUCGGUGGCUCUGGCGGUGCUGGCAUUCUUGUCGGCAGGCAUCCAGAGACUGGGGAAUGGAGUCCUCCCAGUGGCAUCCAGACGCAAAAUCUUUCCUUUGGGUUCCUCGCAGGAGUCGACAUCUACGAUACAGUCCUUGUCAUCAACACAUACGAAGCCCUGGGAGCUUUCACAAAGUGGAGGACUACCUUGGGGACUGAGGUCGGGGUUGCAGCAGGCCCCGUUGGAAUCGGCGGCGCUCUCGAUACCGAAUUGACAAAACGCCAGGCUCCUAUUUGGUCAUACGUGAAGAGUCGCGGUCUUUAUGCUGGAGUCGCCUUGGAAGGGAAUCUUGUUAUUGAACGUACCGACGAGAAUGCAAGAUUCUAUGGAGAACAGAUCAGUGUCACAGAUAUCCUUGUUGGCAAGGUUCGAUAUGCACCUGUUGAGCAGUACCAGGUCCUUCUCGACACCUUGAAGGCUGCUCAAGGUGACGAGGUAGAUGACAGCUUGCUCCCGGAUGCUCCGGCUCCGAGUGACAUGGAAAUCAUGCCACCAGGAGGAAGUACCUUUGGUAUCCCAGCCGAGGAUGAUCCAGAUCCAUAUGGAGUGAAAGCCCUGGAGGCUGAAGGAUUGAAUAUCCGAGAGGCCGGAACUCAUCAACGGCCCAGUGCAGAUGCUUUCGAGUUCAAGCCAUCACCCACCAGCCCGAUCUACUCUCAUUUCUCACGUCGAAGCGUCGAUGGCUCAAUUCGGAGUCGGACUUGGAGAGAAAGCACUCACAGCCUCGCUAGUGUCGAUCGAGGUACCCAGACCGACGAGGACGAAACGAAAAGUGCUGGAAACAGCCCUCGAAGGACCUCGAUGAGAGGACUUGACUUUCCAAAGAAGCACAGCCAACUCGUGGACGAAGCGGGCGAAGAGCGACAGGAGCGCAGAGAAUCGUUCUCAGACGUAGAUUCUGAUGUCGAGGUCUCGACAGCUGUGCCAGUCAUGGCCCGUGCGAGAGUGGUUGAAGUUCCCAAACGUGUGCCUCCAGCAUUACCACCACGGAAUCCUGGCCGCGUAGCAUCCCCUUCCUCGGAAACACAGGCGCCCGUUGAUGGCUUUGACAAAAUUGAUUUGAACGGCGAUGCUGAACAAAAGCACGAGGGCGGCCACGUCCUCACACCAACAUCAACUCAGGAAGCCACCGACUCUGCAUUCCAUUCCGUACCAGUGACGCCCACUGAAGAAUCUAAGGGGAACCCUAACGAUAUACCAGGAUCUUUUCAAUGA